GGUCACUCAAGCAGAAUCAACAUAACGGACUCGUUGCGGCGCAGUAAAAUCCCAAAAUAAUUUAAUUAUUCCUUAACUCUCUGCGGAACCAUUUAAACAAAUCGAAACAUAUCAAGGCAGAAAAAAAUCGCUAUUUAAUAACAUAUUUCGCAAUGAUUCGGGCUGAACGUCGUUAAAAUAAGUUCGUUAUGGAAAAGUGCCUUGGUGUGUGAGUGUGCGUGCGUAAAAUUAAUAAAAAGUAUUAAGCAAAAGGCGCAUAUUUUGCAAUACCCGCUGCGAAGUAAUCGAGCAAUAAUUGUCGCAGCUGCAGGCGCACUUCCUUCUCCUCCCGUUUUCUUUUUGUUUUUGCGGAUUCGCGCUACUACAUUUGCAGCUGCUGUUCAGCUAUUCAGUGUGUGUGCGUGUGCUGACCGCUGUUAUUGUUGUUGUUGGCUCACCUCUCGUUAACCACCUUGAGUGCGAGCGAGCGAGAGGGAAAGAUAGAGAGAAGAGAAGAGUGCAAAGUUGAUGCCCGCGCUCUACUGUGUGUGUGUGUGACAACAAAUUAGCUGCAGCUGUGUGCGAGCGGCAUUAGUCACUCUCUUUAACUUUUAACUUUUUGGUCCACCUUUUUUGGACGCAUCGCAUAAAAGUCGCCACAAAAAACCCACUAAGCCAGCUCUACGGAUCGGUUGUUUGAAUCGAAUCGGAUCGGAACGAAUCGAGCUUUGCCAAAAGAGAACAUGACCAUUCCAUCGAGACCGGCGCCGGCUCCGCCUGGAUCACGAGGCCAGUGCGCCGCGGCUGGGGCGAACGCCAGCCUGGAGCAACUGCGUCUCCAGCUCCAGCAGCAGCACAUGCAACAACAGCAGGCGGCCGGCGGAGGACUCCAAAAGCUGACCAUCAAGCUGCCACCGCCACCAAAGGGACCACUGCAGCCGCAGAACUCGCAGCACAAGCGAACAAUCAACAACAACAAUGGCAGCCUUUUCGACGAGCCGACGGGAGGAUCGAGCAUCACGAGGAAGUUUCCACAGGCACGCUACACUCCGGCCACAAACUGGGACGACGAUCCAUUCGGUGGCAACGGGAAUGAUCGCUUCAAGAAGAUGCCUCCGCCGCGACCGCCGCCGCCCAAGGUGCUUGUGAAUGGGCAGAAUAUGACCAAGACUUCCUCCUCGACGGCAUCGGCGGCCGCCGGCGGUGGCAGUCUAAUCUCGAACAUCUUCCACCGCAAGAAGUCCACGGCCACGGCAUCGGCCGCUGCUAACAAGGCCGCAGCGCAGAGUCGCGUCUACGGCCUGAGCAGCGGCAAUGUCGGGCCACCACAUCAUAGCAGCAGCAGCGUCAGCAGCAACGGCUACAGCAACAGCAACAGCAGUGCCUCCUCGGCGGCCUUCAGCAACUCGGAUUGGAAUGCGGCCUGGAACACGGCCACCACUACGACCACGACCACCUCGAGUAGCUCCCACUAUGCCUCCCAGCAGACAGCCGAUGCCCAGCUCAUCAGCUUUGAUUCGCCGCCGUCGUCGCCCACGUUCACCCAGAAAUCCAACAGUGACUGCGUCAGCGUGGACAGCUUCAGCUCGGACAGCAACUUCAGUUCGCCGAACAACGGCAGCGUUUCGCAACCGGAGAGCGGAUUCGAGGACGAUUACCACCGAUCGCGGCCAUCCACACAAAGUCCUCAGGAUCCCUGGGAGGCGGUGGAUAGCACUGGACUCGGCGGCGUCGACUGCUUUGGCUCCGCACCGGUCCGGCAGACGUACCAGUUGCAGGCCCGCUCCUCGGACAAUCCGUUGUGCAACGGCAAGAGCCUACUGCCGCCAACACAAUCGCUUACCAUGCCCACGAUCAUUAAGCCGAAGAUAUCGCAGAAACCAAAGGCUCCCAAGCCGCCGCCGUUUAUUGGUGGUGUACCGCCAGGCUACAGCAUACCGGCGGGAUAUGCAGGCUCAGAGACGCCACCAUCGCCACCGAUGCCCAAGGGACCACCGCCACCGCUGCCCAACGGUGGUAUCUCACUGCUGGACGUGAUCAGUGGCAAAGUGGAUGCGCUGGCGCUGAGCAACGGAUGUCAGGGUUACAUCGAGGAGGAGGUUAUUCCUUAUGCGAUUGCACUAUACGAUUUCGAUGGCGUUGAGGAGGGCGACCUCAGUUUUCGAGAGGGAGAGAAGUUAUAUCUGCUGGACCAUCCCACGCCGGAAUGGAUGCGCGGACGCACGCGUUCCGGUUGUGAGGGCAUCUUUCCAGUCAACUACGUAGACAUCAAGGUGCCAUUGGGAGCCACUGGGGGUGGUGCUGCUGCUAUAAGUAAUAGUGCUGCAGCCCCGACUUCCAGUUCAUCGCAACAGCAGCUGCCUACGGCGCUCUGUUUGUAUCACUUUCCCGGCGGAGUCGAAGGAGAUCUGGUUUUACAGGAGAACGAAUUGGUCACAGUGCUUUAUAGAAUAAACGAUGAUUGGCUGUACGGCGAGGUGGCGGGUCGUCAGGGGCAGUUUCCGGCUAAUUUCCUGGACCAGGUGCCUGCCAAUCUGCCCACUUUGUAACCGUGAAGAGCCCGCGAUCUUUAGAGAUCAAUAUAUAUUGUAUACCCGAACAUUAUCGAUAAGCGAGAAGGCGUCAAGCGAACUGAAUCAUAUACACCCACAUAUAAUAUUGUAUUUUUACUAUAUUCUGUGCGAAAAAAAAUAUUAAGAAACGAGCAUAUAGUCUAAGACAACUAGUUUGUAAGAAACUCGAAAAAUGUUUUAAUGGCGGCAAUCAAAAUACGCCUCUCCCCUUCCCAGCAUAUACACUGGAUCGAUUUAUUGAUUUUAUGUUUAACCCGCAAAUGGAAUUGUUUGUCUACUGGAUAAUUCGAUAUUUAUGUAUUAGACGUUUUUUGCUGAUUCGUAAAGUAUUCGCCUAAGCCCCAUACACCCAAACCAAUAGAGCAGGCAAAAAAAUAUUGUAUAUAAGUUAAAAUGUACGUGAUUAUUAUUAAUGUUUAAUUAUUUAAUUUGAGUUUAGUUAGACGCUUAGUUAGGCACAUUUACAGAUUCCAAUUUAAAAUGCAAAUCGUUUGUUUCUAUGUAUUAAUAUUUCUUUAAAAUGUUUAGCCGAUUUCAAUGUGAAGAUGAAAUGUAUUUCUUCUUAAGAGUGCUACUCUCACAAUUUGUAGGAAUUAUCAUUUAUCAAAUAUCAGGAUAUCCUAGCAAUGAAGAAUGUAAAAUGAAAUAAAUGAAAAUGAUCGCAAA